UUCUAUCAUCCUAAAACAUCAAACUUGAAUAUCUCUCAUUUGAUGUUUGCGGAUGAUGUGAUGAUAUUUUUCGAUGGCGGCAGCUCUUCCCUUCAUGGAAUUAAUGAGACUUUGGAUGAUUUUGCGGGUUGGUCAGGGCUGAACAUGAAUAGAGAAAAAACAGAAUUAUUCUUGGCUGGAGUAAAUGAGGUUGAAUCGCAGGCUAUUGCAAAUUAUGGUUUCACACAAGCUUGCCUGCCAAUUCGUUACUUGGGGCUGCCUUUAAUGUGUAGGAAACUGAAAAUUUCAGAGUAUUCCCCUCUUGUGGAGAAGAUAAAAGGGAAGUUUACUAGUUGGGCAGUGAGGUCGCUCUCUUUCGCUGGCAGGUUACAAUUAUUAUCCUCUGUGAUUACUGGCUGUGUUGUCUUCUGGAUUACUACUUUCAAGCUUCCAAGUGGCUGCAUCAAAGCAAUCGAAUCCUUGUGCUCCCGUUUUCUUUGGUCUGGAGGUAUUGAGAACCACCAUAAGGCUAAGGUGGCGUGGGCAACAGUGUGCUUGCCAAAGUCAGAGGGAGGUCUGGGUCUUAGGCGGUUCUCUCAGUGGAACACAACUCUCAGCCUUAAGCUUGUUUGGCGGUUAUUCUCUAAUGGAGGGUCUCUUUGGGUUGACUGGCACAGGUUUCACAAUCUAAAGGUUUCUGGAAGCGAUAAUAUCUCUACCUUCUGGACCAUAAAAGAAAAGGCUAAUGAUUCUUGGAAUUGGAAGUGUCUUCUUCGGCUUAGACCAUUAGCAGAGCGGUUUCUUCGGUGUGACAUUGGCAAUGGGCUUUCUGCUAGCUUCUGGAGAGACAAUUGGACCCUUUUCGGUCCUUUAAUAAAGCACAUUGGCGAUGGAGGCCCGUUAAGGUUGCGUAUUCCUCUUGAUGCUACUGUUUCUGUGGCAGCUCAAGGAAAUGUUUGGGACCUGCCUAUGACACGCUCUUCUCAGGUUCAUAGUCUCCAUAACCACCUAAAUACUAUCUCGCUGCCUCUGCGUCCGCUCGUUGAGGAUGUUUAUGGCUGGUAUGUGAAUGAUGUGGAUUGCAAUAGUUUCUCUUCCUCGAAGACUUGGCAGGUUAUUAGACAACGUGAAGAGAAGAAAGGGUGGGCUGCUGCAAUCUGGUUUAAAGGCUCUAUUCCUAGAAACGCUUUCAACAUGUGGACCACUCAUCUUGAUAGACUGCCCACACGGGCGAGGCUGCAGGCAUGGGGGCUGCCUGUCUCGCCUCUUUGCUGCUUGUGUUCUGCUGAGACAGAAACAAGGGAUCAUUUAAUGCUUCGUUGCGAUUUCAGCACCGCUAUUUGGAAUUUAGUUCAGUCGAGACUUAGGCUGCAUUCCUUACGUUUUAUGGACUGGGCUGAGCUGUUAUCUUGGAUCAGAAGGACAAGUCCUACUGCUCCUUCUACAUUGAGGAAGCUGAUUACUCAAGCCGUUGUUUACGCAACCUGGAAGCAGAGGAAUAACAUGUUGCACAAUUCGAAUCACAUUGCACCUGCUGCGGCCUUCAUGAUCAUCGAUAGGGAAGUCAUCAACUCUAUAAAUGCUCGGAGGCACCGACGAAAGUUCCGUAAUCUUAUGAGCCUAUGGCUCAUAUAAUGCUCCUACUUUGAAGAUCUGUUUCUUCUUUGUUUACUUCCUUGUUUUUUAUCCUAAUUUUUGCCAAGGAACUAAACCUUAGGUAUUGCACAUGUAAUUCCAAACUUUUUCAUUUUAUAUGAUAUUU